UUAAUCCGGAGUAAUUGCAACAGAAACAACUGCGUCACAGGCAUCGGGCUGUGAUGUGGGGAGGUCACUGAGCAAUGCAGCAUAGGCUACAACACAUCACGCACCGGAACUCAUCGGAAAGUUGACUAAGUUUUAACAGGCAACGCAUAGCCAAGGGCAAAGUUCAUCAUGCAUAUAUUUUAACGCAUGUCGCAGCGGUAUUGUGGCCAUCGAGCUAAUAAAUUAAAGAAUGACAGGGCGACCGGACCAAUCCGCGAGUGGCGCGAUAAACUCUUGGCGACAGUGUGUCUGCUUCUGUCCAAUGGUUGCACGCUGAAGUACGGUAUCGUGGGAAAAGAGACGACAAAUAUAAAACGGCUGUAGCUACAGAAAAACGCAGACUGUCACUUGGACUUUGUAAACGAACUAACCAAGUAAUGUGUGUUAAUUAAGACGUGCAACUAUUAACUUCGUAUGGGGUGAAACUAGUAUGCCCUGUAAAGCGCAUGAUGAUAGAAAGUAAACAUAAGCGCAGCUCUUGUCUUGCUCUGGAAGAAUCACACAGGCGGACGCGUCCCACAUUCGGUCCCUCCUAUUAGUCGUGUGUGUGCGCGUGUUUGUGUGUCCUGAGGCAAAGCCUUUUGGCGCUGUCAACAAAGAGUAAAAAGGGUUUAUCAAAUGACCCAGGUAUGGAGACUAAAAGAUACCAAAGUUACUGCGACGGGACAAAUGACGAAAACAAAUGGGCGCAGACGCCUAACACUAUGGAUUAUUGCUGUUCUGCAGAAGAGACAAACAGUGAUGUGCUAAUGGAUAUUGUUAACUCAAGCAGUGCCCCUAACAUGCCAUCUGUCUGCAAGACAACAAUGCAUAGACUUAACCAGAAUCAACCUUUAGCUUAUCCCUCCUUCAGCAACUCCUACCACAACCGCAAGUCAGAAACAGACUCUAAGGAGCUCUCUAAAACUGUUGCUGAGUCUAUGGGCUUAUACAUGAAUGCUGUCAGGGAGGCGGACUUUAGCUUUGGCCAGCAAGGUACUGCAGGAGGGCAGGGUAGCCCGGGGAAACGGUAUCAUCUUUGUGGGAGAGCAAUUGAAGACAGCCAGCUAAGUACGACUGGGAGUCCAAAGAUGAAAGCUCCCCCAGUUUCAUUCUUAUCUGGGUCCCAACUACCCAAUGGUGGCCCCCAGGAGUGUGUUGUAGGCUCUCCCUCUGUGCUGGCCACUGCUCUGUCUUGCAGGCCCGAGGGAUCUGGCCCAAUGUCAAGUCCUACUGGAAACAACAUGGUGUCGUCCACUACCAGCCCCACCUGUUUCGAAUCUGAUUGUCCAUCGUUAGCUUCUGCUAGCUCCAGCUUGACUCAAGGUCACCACACCAGCUCCAACACGUGUAGCCCCGUAAAGUCUAGCAUGGUGGGGUCACCUCCACUGGCUAGUCCUCUCAGUGUUAUGAGAUCUCCGGUUUCCAGUCCGCAAAGUAUGGGAAGCGUGAGGUCUCCACUUUCUUGCAACGCCAACGUGAGAUCAUCUAUUUCAAGCCCAACAGGAAAUGGAGGCAAUGGUGUUAACAUUAGACCAUCCAUUUCCAGUCCACCAACUGUUGGCACCAAGGCCAUGUCCAGUCCUGGGAACUCAUUUCCUGUCUCAAGUCCCCCUGGUGGACUGGGCCUUGUUCAAAACGAUGCCAACAGUCCUGAGGGCAGAGAGCAUGACUUCAAGGGAUUUGAGUUCCCCAAAUUGGAGAAUGUGGAUGGUGAAAUGUUUAACAUAGGCCUGGAUGCUAUGGGGGUGGCAAAAUAUAUAAAAAAUGAACCAGGCACCAAUUACAGGAGCAUGUGUCUGGGCAGCAGUAAGAGCACCAUACCGCACUCUCCUUUCGUAACCCAGAUUAAGACAGAGCCGAACAGAGAGGUGACUUGUUCAAACCAACAAUUUGGUGAGCAUCAGCCUUCCCUGGGCUGCUUUCCUUCUGCAGAGACCACAUACCUGUCUUUGAGGGAUAAUAUUGAUGAAUAUAGUCUUUCUGGGAUAUUGGGACCUCCUGUUUCUUCUCUGAAUGGCAACUAUGAACCUGGUGUGUUUCCUAACAAUGGCCUGCCCCAAGGGAUUAAACAGGAAACCAAUGAUGGCAGCUAUUACCAAGAGAAUAAUAAUGUGCCCACGUCGGCCAUUGUUGGCGUUAAUUCAGGUGGACAUUCAUUUCAUUACCAGAUCGGAGCGCAAGGAACAAUGUCGUUUUCACGCCACAGUUUGAGGGACCAGAUGAACCCUUUGUUAAAUCUAAUUUCUCCAGUUAGUGGAUUAAUCGAGACGUGGAAAACUCGCCCAGGCCUAUCACAGGGGCCUCUCUCUGCCAGGGGGGAGGGCUAUCCAGGCCCAGGCGGCCUUACAGAAAACAUGGAAAGCGCAUCUUUGAGACACACAUCUUCAACAGCAAAAGUUUGUUUGGUGUGUGGAGACGAGGCCUCGGGAUGUCACUAUGGGGUUGUUACAUGUGGAAGCUGCAAAGUUUUCUUCAAAAGAGCAGUAGAAGGUCAGCAUAACUACCUAUGUGCAGGAAGGAAUGACUGUAUCAUUGACAAGAUUCGCCGGAAAAACUGCCCAGCUUGCAGAGUGCGGAAGUGUCUACAAGCCGGGAUGAAUCUUGGAGCACGGAAGUCAAAGAAGUUGGGCAAGAUGAAAAGCGUUAGCGAGGAUUCUUCCCUACAGAACUCAAAAGACGGACCUCCUUUCCUGACCUCCGAGAAAGACUUGAGCUCCACCACAGCUCUUGUCCCCCACGUCCCCAUGGUUGCACCGUUUUUGUCACCUUCUGUCUGUAGCAUCCUGGAGCUCAUUGAACCUGAAGUGGUGUUUGCAGGCUAUGACAACACACAGCCUGACACCACCGACCACCUGCUCACCAGCCUCAACCAGCUCGCUGGCAAACAGAUGAUCAGAGUGGUCAAAUGGGCCAAAGUACUUCCAGGUUUCCGCAGUCUACCCAUUGAGGACCAAAUCACGCUGAUCCAGUAUUCCUGGAUGUGUCUCUCCUCCUUUUCUCUCAGCUGGAGAUCUUACAAACACACCAACGCCCAAAUGCUCUACUUUGCCCCUGACCUCGUCUUCAACGAGGAACGUAUGCGGCAGUCAGCAAUGUACGAUUUGUGUUUGGGCAUGCGACAGGUGAGCCAGGAGUUUGUCCGUCUACAGCUUACUUACGAUGAGUUCCUCGCCAUGAAGGUCCUGUUGCUACUUAGCACAGUGCCCAAAGAUGGUCUGAAGAACCAAAAGGCAUUUGAGGAGAUGAGAGUGAAUUACAUCAAGGAGCUCCGCCGCUCUGUUGGGAAGGCCACAAACAAUUCCGGUCAGACAUGGCAGCGCUUCUUCCAGCUCACCAAGCUAUUGGACGCAAUGCAUGAACUCGUGGGGAGCCUGUUGGACUUCUGUUUUUACACUUUCCGUGAAUCGCAGGCCCUGAAGGUCGAGUUCCCUGAGAUGCUGGUGGAAAUUAUCAGUGACCAGAUACCAAAGGUGGAGUCAGGCCUAACGCACACCCUCUACUUUCAUAAAAAAUGACAGAAAGCUUGCAAAAACACAAGGGAUCAAACGAGAGGAAAUGCAGAGGACACCCAGCCCUCAGAGUGAGAACAAGAGCAAGCCCGCUAUGCACAAAGCAAGGCGUUUCAAGGCAUGGUUAAAAGCCAUAUAAUGGCUGGAACGGUCAGGGAAGAUGAAGAGCGAUCUCUGUAGCCGGACAGCAGAGAAGAACUCAUAUUUCACGUGACGAUGUGUAUCUUACCCCCAAAGACAAUGCUGACAAUGUUGUAUAUGGAUAUGAAGCCAUAUUCUUUGGUAAAGCUAAAGUGCACAUGCACGUGUGAAUAUGCCACAGAAACAUGGACUCACACACACUAGACAUGUCCAGUGUGCCAGUAAACAUGUAAAUGACGUUGGAUUUGUUAUAAAAGUCUAUACAUUUGCUACUUUUAAUAUUAUGGGCGAAAUAUACAUUUAAAAAAAAUCAAUUUACUUUUUAUUGCCAAUUAAAAGCAAAUGCCCAUAAUCAUAAAAAAUAAACAGUGUAUUUGUGAAGAAAAAGUGAGGUAGGACAUACACCAAGGGCUAUAAUACUUCAAAACAGUGAUUGGUGUGUUUCACUUUCAUACUGUUAUAGAUACAGUCAAAUCUAAAAAUUUCAAAAGAAAUAUCUGAAAAUAUUAAAGUUUUAACUUAAACUAUAAUAUUUAUGCUAAUAUGAAAAUUUCUGUCACUGAAAAAUAAUAAAAUCUAUAAAUCUUAAGUUUAUUAAGUUAUGCAUCUUAGCCCACAGCUGAGAUGAGAUCGUACAUUUGGCAAUUUGCUAAAAAAUGCAACAUAAAAGUGCAGCUGUGAUGUCACUUCAUUUCCAUAACACCAAUAAAUCAUUUGGUGGCUGAAGUGUUUACAGACUAAGCACUGGCCACUAUGAAGUGCUAAAGUGGAACAAUGAUAGACGAUGAUCUAAAAUAGGGCAGCUCGACAAAAACGCUAUUGAGAAUGAGCAAGAAAUAACAUGCUUUUUACGUUUGCAAUACAACAACUAUUGUGGCUCUUGUUAAUAAACAGCUCACUUAGACACAAAUGCCAUAUUUUGUGUGAAAGCUAAGACUGUAGCACAUAAAUUGUAUCUAAGCUGUAAGUAACCAGCUCCCUUUUUUGACGUUAAUGAAAAACUAUUUACAGUCCCACAGAGGAAAACGUUUUCUAAGAGUGUGAAUUUUUUUGUCUUUAAAGAACCAAUCAAGCUGGAAGCCAUUUUCUAACAAGGUGCUUCUUUUUCUUAAUAUAACAAGUAGAUGUAAAAAUUUUCAGUAGUAGCACAUGUACAGUUAGAUAUUGGGAGAACUGAGCUUUUCUGAAGCAUACAGCUUUCAUAUUAGUAAAUAACAAUAACCUGCUCACAAACACAGUAUAUGUGAACUUAUCUUGCAACUAUACACCUGUUGCUCGUAGGCAUAUUUUUCAAAUGUUGUACAUAGGUUUUUGAUUUAAACCACCUUUUACAUGGCUAUUUGGAGAAACGCCAGUCAUUUUGUUGUUUUUUUCUUGAAAGAACUGUAAACAAAAUUUAAUCUGAACCACUGUUUCAUAAUCCCACUAAGCUACUGAUGAAAGCAAGUUUAAGAGGUACUGCUUUGUCUGCAAUGCUGUGAGAUAGAGGACAGUGAAGGUGGCUUAUGUGUGUGUAUGAUUUGUUUUCUCUCUUUUUAUUUCUUAAAGGGACACUUUUUUUUGAAAAUAUUCUCAUUUUCCAGCUCCCCUAGAGUUAAACAUUUGAUUUUUCUAUUUUGGAAUCCAUUCAGCCGAUCUCCGGGUCUGGCGGUACCACUUUUAGCAUAGCUUAGCAUAAUUCAUUGAAUCUGAUUAGACCAUUAGCAUCGCGUUCAAAAAUAACAAAAGAGUUUCGAUAUUUUUCCUAUUUAAAACUUGACUCUUCUGUAGUUACAUUGUGUAUUAAGCGAUAUAACGUAGCAGCCGAAAAUAGGCCCCUUGUUUACUUUCAGUAGCAGGGCACUACGUCAUAUCAUUGCGCUUCCUACUGCUAUGUUACGGCAGCAAAGUCCUUGAUUAUUACACCAGAAUGAGAGUAUAGUCCUAACCAUAUCUGCCUAGAAAAUUGCAACUUUUAAUUUUCCGUCAGUCUAAAUACACGAUGUAACUACAUAAGAGUCCGUUUUAAAUAGGAAAAAUAUCCAAACCCUUUGGUUAUUUUUGAGGGCGAUGCUAAUGGUCUAAUCAGAUUCAAUGAAUUA